AUGGCUCCCCUGUACAAAAAGACCCUCGUGGUUGGUGCAUCUUCCGGGAUUGGUGAGGCCCUCGCCGCCAAGCUCAUAGCCACAGGCACAAGAGUCAUUGUCGUCGGCAGACGUCGCGAUAAGCUCGAGGCUUUCGUCGAGAAGCACGGCAAAGAGAAUGCCAAGGCUGUGGUUUUCGACGUUACGGACCUUCCCAAAAUUAAAGACUUUGCCGAAUCUAUCACUCAAUCUGACCCAGACCUUGACUCUGUCAUCCUUAACUCUGGUAUCCAACGUGGUUUUGACUUUUGCAACCCCGAAACUCUCGAUCUGUCUGUCCUUGGCGACGAGCUCACGACCAAUUACACAUCUGCCGUGUAUCUCACCGCGGCCUUCAUUCCCCAUCUGAAGAAGCAAUCUAAAGGCCAUCUCAUCUUCGUCAGCGCCACACUUGGCCUCAUUCCUAGCAUGGUCCGAACCCCUAACUACAAUGCUUCCAAAUCAGCGCUUCACACCUUCAUCCUGAACGUCCGGCAGCAGCUUCGCAAUGGCGGUGCUGACCACGUGCGUAUGAUCGAGGUCUUUCCACCGGCUGUGCAAACAGAGUUGCAUGACGAGAAGCACCAGCCCGAUCUGGUCAAUGGCGGACAAAUUGGAAUGCCGCUUACCGAGUAUACCGAUAAGAUGUAUGAUGGCCUUGUCAAGGGUGAUGAGCAAUUUGCUAUUGGCCCAGGAGAAAGUCUCUUCAAAGAAGAUGGGUGGGAGACGCAGCGGUCGAAAUUGUAUGAAUCUGGACAGGCUAUGAUUAACAAAUCACUGGCAAGCUACAUAAAGAAGUAG